AAGCGCAUUCAAAGGCACAUCGCUUUCUUUUACAGCCAUAUUUCCUCGCCUGCUUUGGAGACACCGAAAAGGUGCAGUUUCAAGGUCUGUAGAACACUACUAAGAUGCCCUCUGCAGAAGUCAACUCUCCACUCCAGCUGAUGAGGAGCAUCAAAGAAGAGACAGAGGAGUUCAGCUUAGCUGACUCUCCAUCCCAGCUAAACAUAAAAGAAGAGGGAGAAGAAUUCCCUGGUUCUCAAGAACAGCUGGAGAUAAAAGAAGAGAGAGGAGAGUUUCCUGGUUCUCCAGAACAGCUGGAGAUAAAAGAAGAGACAGAGCAGUUCCCUGGUUCUCCACCUCAGCUGAGGAGCGUAAAAGAGGACAGCGAGGAGACCCUGCGUUCUCUGUACAGUCUGAGGAGGGUAUCUGUAGUGCUGGUGGACUGCUGUAGACCACAAGGACGGCAGGAGAACAAUGAAGAGAACCACAGAGAUGCCGAGGCAAGGAAGAGAUCUGUCCCAGGAGGACAGACCAGACUCAUACGAGAGCUGCAGGCGUCCUCUAGGAAGAAGACUGGGGAGGGACAAUCGGGAAACAGCGAAUCCGGAGAUAGUGAAUUGGAAGGCAGCCAAUGGGAGGAGAGCGAAUGGGAGGGACAAUCGGGAAACAGCGAAUCGGAGGAGAGCCAACCGGAGGAGAGCGAAUGGGAGCAGAGCGAGUCUGAGAGCGAAUCUGGAGAGAGACAAUCUGGUCGUCCCAAUGGCCAUCAGAGAAUUCCCCAAAAGCUUCGGGGCCCCCAGAGUACCGUGCGAGCAGCCGAGAAGCAAGACCUCCAGACGUGCUCUGGGGAAACUGGGAAUAGCCAAUCCGGGAAGAGCCGGUCUGGUCGUGGCGUUCCCAUUGGCCAUCAGGGGAGUCCCGAAAAGCUUCCGGUUCACCAGGGUUCCGUCCGUACAGCCGACAAGACGACGACGACGACGACAACGAUGUCUUGCGGAAACGGAAAUGGCUUCUCUCAGCCCCACGAGAACGACCACACUGAGAAGAAUACGACGACGCUCUCCUCUCAGUCUGGAACCCUCAAACCCCAGGAGAAUGUUCAGAACGCUGAGAAGAAUAGGAAGUUGGUGCGUUGUAAGCACUGCAGCCGACUGUAUGAAUCGGAGAGCGCCCUGAUGAAGCAUGAAGCGAACCACGAAGACAAGAUCUACCCCUGUUCACAGUGUGGCCGCGUCUUCACCCGAGCACAUGUACUCAAGAACCACAUGGCGGUCCACACCGGUGUGAGGGCGUUCCCCUGCACUGACUGCGGCAAAAAAUUCAAGACAAAUUCAGCCCUCUAUAUCCACAGGCGCACCCACACAGGAGAGAAGCCGUACUCUUGCAGCCAGUGUGACAAGCGCUUCGCUCGAUCGCAUCACCUGACGUCUCACCUGGCCGUGCACUCUACAGAGAGACCGUUCUGCUGCUCUCUAUGUGGCAAGACGUUUACUCGAGCCGUCACCUUCAGAAACCACCAGCGCCUUCACACACGGGAGAAGAAAUCCCACCAGCGUGUCCACAAAAGGGCGAAGAGAGACCAUCAACGUGUUCACACAGGGGAGAAGCCAGACCCGCAGGCUCCCUCUGGGAAGAAGACUGGGAAGAGAGAGACCAAACUGAAGCGCAACCUCCAGGUGUCCUCAGGAAACACCGGAGAGGGCCCAUCGUCUGACCACGGCAUUCCCAAUGAGCCUCAGGGGACUCCUGGCCAUGGCAUUCCCGAUGAGCAUCAGAGAAGUCCUGAAAAGGACGCGCAGAACAUUCACCAAUUCUCUGGGAGGAAGACAGCCGGGAAGAGACACUCUGGCCCCCCUGACAUUCCCAAUCCCAAGGAACAUCAGAGAAGUCCCAAGAAGCUUCAGGACCUGCAGGCGUCGUCUAGGGAGACUGGGAACAACCAAUCCCGGAAGAGACAAUCCAGCAACAGCCAAUCGGAGGAGAGCCAAUCGGAGGAGAGCCAAUCGGUGGGGAGCCAAUCUGGCCUUGGCAUCCCCAGUGAUCACCAGGGGAUUCCUGAAAAGCUUCAGGUCCACCAGCGUACUGUGCAGACGGGCCAGAAGACAAUGUUGAGGAGCGUAUCAGUAGUGUUGGUGGAUGCAGCCAAGACGCAAGACCUGCAGGUCUAUUCUGGGAAGAGAGAGUCACAUGGCCGUCACAUACCUAACGGACAUCAGACAAGUCCUAAAGAGCUUCAGGACAUUCAGACUGGCCUUGGUGUUCCCAAUAGAUAUCAGCAGGAGAUAAUUCCUGAAAAGUUUCAGGUGCACCAGCACCAGCGUACUGUGCAGACAGGCGAGAAGAUGGCGAGCAGUUUCAACUCCAGCAGUCUGAGGGAAGAUGGUGCACAUUUUCUGCCCAAGCUGAGGAGGGCAGCAUCAGUAGUGUUGGUGGACACAGCCGAGAAGCAAGACCUGCAGGCGUACUCUGGAAAGACGACUGCAGGGCAGAGACAGUCUGGCCGUCGCAUUCCCAAUGAACAUCAGAGAAGUCCGUCGACCAACGACCGUCAGGGGAUUCCCAAAAAUCUUCAGCAGGUCCGCCAGCGUACUGUGACGACGAACUCCAGCUCCAGCUCCAGCUCCAGUGGUCUGAGAAAAGAUGGAACAUCUUCUCUGCCCAAGUUGAGGAGCGUAUCAGUAGUGUUGAUGGACUGCUGUACUGCACAAGGAGACGUGCAGAUGUACUCUACAGAGAGUAGGGAGGGACAGACCGGGAACAACCAAUCCGUGGCCAGCCAGUCUGACCGCGGCGUACCCAGUGAGCAUCAGGUUAUUCCCGAAAAGCUUCAGGUGUACCAGCAGUGCACUGUGCACACAGGCGAGAAGAUGUUGAGGAGCAUGUCAGUAGUGCUGGUGGACUGCUGUACAGCACAAGGAGGACAGACUAAAUUUAAACUCAAACGAGACCUUCAGAUGUCCACUGGGGAGAAGAAGAGCCAGUCCGGAGAGAGCGAGUCCGGAGAGAGCCAGUACGGAGAGAGUGAAUCCGGGAACAGCCAAUCCGGGAACAGCCAAUCCGGGAAGAGUCAGUCUGGCCGGGGCUUUCUAAAGGAACAUCAGGGGAUUCCCAAAAAGCUUCAUACGGAACCGGGGGCAUUCUCGUGCACUGACUGUGGAAAAAGCUUCAGGACAAGAAAGUACCUGGCAGUCCACCGGAGCAUUCACACAGGCGAGAAAGCAUACUCGUGCUCACGUGGUGGACAGAGCUUCUCGCAGCGCGGUAACUUCGUAAAACACAGCCGCAGUCACACUGCAGAAAAGCCCUAUGAUUGUUCUCUGUGUGGUCGAAGCUUUAAGACAAAACAACAUCUCCAAAGACACCAUCGUGUUCACACAGGAGAGAAACCAUUUUCAUGCACUGACUGUGGGAAAACUUUCUCACAGCCGGGUAACCUCUCCACACAUCGUCUUACUCACACUAGAAAAAGGCCGUACCCUUGCAGUCAGUGUGACAAGAGCUUUAAGGCAAAACAAACACUCCAAAUCCACCAGCGUGUUCACACAGGGGAGAAACCAUACUCUUGUAAAGUCUGCGGAAAGAGUUUCUCACAAUCCUGUAGCCUCCACGAACACCGCCGCACACACACUGGAGAGAGGCGCUACUGCUGCAAGCACUGCAGCAAACGAUUCACGUCAGAGAGCGACAGGACAGCGCAUGAAGAGACGGCGCACGGAGCGAAGACCUACCCCUGCUCACAGUGUGGCAACGUUUACACCCGAGCCGACACCCUCAAGAACCACAUGGCCAUCCACACAGGAGUGAGGCCAUACGCCUGCCUGGAGUGUGGCAAGACGUUCACCUCAUCGUCAAACUUCGCGACCCACAGGCGCACUCACACGGGAGAGAGGCCGUAUGCUUGCAGCCAGUGUGACAAGUGUUUCGCUCGAAAGCAUCACCUGACGUCUCACCAGCUCGUGCACUCCGGAGAGAGGCCUUUCUGCUGUUCGGUUUGUGGCAAGACGUUUAAUCGGGCGUUCUGUUUCAGAAACCACCAGCGUGUCCACACUGGGGAAAGGCCCUAUCCUUGCUCCGAGUGUGACAAGAGCUUUGCUCUCCUUGGAGAUCUUAAAACACAUAAACGGAUUCACACUGGAGAAAAGCCUUUUCAGUGUACGCACUGUGGCAGGCGUUUCACGCAGAGAGUCGCACUGAAGUACCAUGUGAUGAGUCAACACAUGGCAGCCAACUGAAAAGUCAGCACACUUGACUAUUGAGUAUCGAAUUAUAUCACAAAACAUACAUUUAUUAGUAGAGAUGCACCGGAUCCUGAUUUUUAGGAUCCUGCCGGAUACCGGAUCCACUGCUUAAGAUCCUGCCGGAUCUGGAACCGGAUAUCGGAUCCUACGAAAGGGUUGAAACACAUAGCCAACUCGCACACGUGGGCCUUUUUUAUUACGUUGGCGCAAACUAUUUUUAAGACUCAUUGGCUUACUGCCACACUGCCUUCAACGACCGCUUCCAAAGGGCUUUCACUCCAUGCAGCGAUUGGGGUUGUGAAAGACUGACUGAAAAGCCUAGGCUACAUAAAAAGUAGAGAUUCCUCAGAUGCUGAUUUUUAGGUAACUUAGUUUAGUUAGUAGAUGAGUAUUAGUAUUGCACAGAGUAGCCAUCUGUGUUUGGAGGUUCCAUUCCAAGAACAUUGUUAAGUGAUACACCAGCUGCAAGAAGUGGUUCAUCUGCUAAUAGAUAGCCCACAUGUGUCAAUUAGUUAAAUGUACACUGUGCAGAAAAUGGUCAAAAAAGGUACUGCAACUAUGUUGCUUAUUGAAAUUGGGCUGCCUAUUGCCAAAUUUGAUCUUUACAUGAAAGUUUACUAAGUACUUAACAAAUAUUUUCUAGUAUGGUCCAAGUACAGUCAUUUUUGCAGCUAAA